AUUGACAAGAUUUCGAGCCUUAAAGCAAAAACAUCAAGCAAAUGCAAUAAGAGAAGAAAUUAUUGCGAAGUUUCAAGAAGCAUUAACAAAAAAGAAAACCAAACAUCUAAGAAAGAAGAAAAGAAACACCCAAAUGCAACAACUAUUACCUCAAGCGAUAAAGAAAGAAAUUACAACUAAACGAGGUAUUGAUAAAAAAGUAGCAGUUGCAGAAUUAGAAGAAAUCAAGACAGAAAAGCAUACAAGUUGA